CGUCCAAUUGGACCGUUAUUGUUAUUUAAUACAAUUUUGCCCCAUGAGUGACAAAUUAAGCUAUAGCUUAUAAGUCGUUAUGGUUACCCUUUCUUCACUCACACAUAACACAUUCUAUCCUCUAUUACCUUUGUGUAUCUUAUAUUUUGUUUAAUCCUAACAAAGAUGAAUUUUCAAUUUUUUGUUCUUGUAAUGUUUGUUGUUGUUGCUUCACCUUAUCAAUGUGUUAGACUAAAGCAUAUAAGACCCAGCUUCAAUGUUCUUGACUAUGGUGCUGUUGGGAAUGGGAAAAAUGAUGAAACACGGGCUUUUGUGGAUGCAUGGAAAGACACAUGUAUUGCAAUGCAUGAAAGCUCAACCCUUCUUAUACCUAAAGGAAAAACAUUCAUGUUACAACCUGUGUGGUUUCAGGGUCCUUGCAACUCUUCAAACAUUUAUGUGAAGCUUGAAGGAACUAUCAUAGCUCCAAAAAACAUUGAAGCAUGGAAAUGGCCAAAUGACAAUUAUAAAGGUUCAUGGAUCCGUUUUAUAGAGAUAAGUGGUCUUAUUGUUUAUGGAGGAGGAAUAAUUGAUGGCAAAGGUGCUCAAUGGUGGGAUUGCCAUUCCAAUAUCAAGUGUGAAAAAGAAAAUCCAACUGCUUUGCAUUUUCAUGCUUGUGAAAAUCUGAUUCUAAGGGAAUUGACUCAUAUCAACAGUCCAAGAAAUCAUAUAAGUUUGAAUGCAUGUCAUGGCUCACAUAUCUCUAAACUACAUAUUAUCGCACCAAAUGAAAGUCCAAACACCGAUGGGAUUGACAUUGCAGAAUCAUCAAAUAUCAUCAUUGAAAAUUCCAAGAUAGAAACUGGUGAUGAUUGCAUUGCCAUCAAUCACGGUUCCAAUUCCAUUUACAUUAAUGGAAUUUUUUGUGGACCUGGCCAUGGCAUAAGUGUGGGAAGCCUAGGAAGAAAUGGAGUUCAUGAAUCAGUGGAAAAUAUAUAUGUUCGAAAUUGCACUUUCAAUAGGACAACAAAUGGAGCCAGAAUCAAGACAUGGAUAGGAGGAAAUGGUUAUGCAAGGAAAGUCACAUUUGAGGAUAUUAUACUAAUUGAAGCAGACAAUCCAGUGAUUAUUGAUCAAGAAUACAACCCAUAUGAUAGUGCAUAUGCAGUGAAAGUAAGUGAUGUAACUUUCCGCAACAUAAGAGGAACAUCUAUUGCUAAACAUGCAAUUCAAUUACAUUGUGAUGAAGACAUAACUUGCACAAACAUUAUACUUGAAGGGAUUAACAUAACAUCUUCUAUAGGAGAGGAAGUUCAUGCAUCAUGCAAAAAUGUAAAUGGAGUAUGCACUUCAUGCAUACCUUAUGUUCCAUGUCUUUCUCUAGAGUGACCAAGUUUUUGUGACAAUUUGUGUCCAUAUUAUAUUGUAGGCUACCAUAUAGGCCAAGAAAAUUGUGAUAGGCCCUAAAUUAUAUUUUUACACUGCAUAAUUAUGAUUUUUAUUAAAUUUGAGA